AAACAAUUGAUUGGUUUUUGAAUGAAAUAAUUGAAUGAAUGAAACGAUUCGUGAUUUGAACCACAAAUACAUCACUCGAUCGCGCAUUUGAUCCCAACUUUUUGGACAACCAUUGAAUACAAUGUCCGGCGAAGAGGAGACCGCUGUCUAUAUGAAUGGUGUGAACAAUAGUGACAACAAAGACACCCAUAAUGUAGUGAACGGUGACUCAAAUGUGGAUUCAUUCCUCUUCACGUCUGAAUCGGUAGGCGAAGGACAUCCAGACAAAAUGUGUGACCAAAUAAGUGAUGCCAUUCUCGACGCCUACCUCUCUAUGGAUGCGGACGCGAAAGUGGCCGCAGAGACGGCCACUAAAGGCGAUCUC